CACACAAGUGCGCGCGCACACACACACACAAGGCAGCGCUGUUUACAGGUGCGCCGCCGCCGUCCCAGGUAUAAAAGACAACAGGUGAGGGUACAAGAGCAGUCUCAAGCUGAGGUGUGUGACAGUCAACCUUGUCCUCUCCAUCAACAUGAAGCUGUGUCUCCUCAUCUGUGUGGCCAUCGUUGGGGCAUCGGCUUACAAAGUCCCUAAAGCUUUGCGUGAAAGACCAGGGCAGUGCCCAGAACCUUCCGGAGACGCUGGCAUCUGCAUUUUCGAUCCUAAUGUCAACUGCAUCUAUGACUCCGAGUGUGCAGCAGGGUUGAAAUGCUGUUCAGAAGGUUGCGGCAAGAAGUGUAAGGCGCCAGUGGUUUCCCCCCAAGUCCACGCAGGAAGCUGUCCAGCGCCCAGUGGGAUGGUUGGCAUCUGUGUGCUUCUGCCCAACAGCUGCAGCGGUGACACCUCGUGUGCGUCCGAUGAGAAGUGCUGUCCUGAGGGAUGCAACCUGGUCUGCAAGAAGGCCAUUUAGCCAUCUAAGUUCGAAGAAAAUAAGUUUACUCCUCGUUUGAACAUACGGAGGUCGAAGAAUAAAAAAAUGACUGAAGAU